UCAAUAUGUAUAUCUGCUAUUUCAGAUAGAAAUGAUAAAAUAUUAGUGUCGAGCGUAAUGCAAUGUAAGCCACCUGCCAGGACGGGGCGCACAUACCACAAACCGUAUGUCCUCACCGAAUAUAAAAAAAGGAGAAGAAGAAGAGGAUAAUUUAUGUAAACAUUCGAAGUUAUGUCAUCGUCUCUGGUCCGAAUUUUGUCGAAGGCGAGCAGGCACCCAUGUGUGCCCUGGGCAGCCCUACGGAGCAGGUCCACAGCCUCUCUCCCAGAUGUUCCCUCACAGCAACCUCCCGCGGUGUCCUUCGCUCCUCUGCAGACCUUCUCAGAGGAAGAGGGCAUGAUGCGGGAAGCAGUGCAAAAGUAUGCCCGGGACUGCAUUGCUCCGUAUGUCUCGAAGAUGGACGAGGAAUCAGCCAUGGAUCCAGCAGUUAUUAAAUCCCUUUUCGACCAGGGGCUCAUGGGUAUAGAGAUCGAUCCGGAGUAUGGAGGAACUGGCUCCACCUUCUUCUCGUCCGUCCUGGUGAUCGAGGAGCUGGCGAAGGUGGACGCGUCGGUGGCCGUGCUGUGUGACAUCCAGAACACACUCAUCAACACACUGCUAAGCAACCUGGGAACCCCCCAGCAGAAGGAACAGUACCUCUCCCGGCUGUCCACAGAUAUGGUGGGCAGCUUCUGCCUCUCUGAGGCGGAGGCCGGCAGCGACGCGUUUGCGCUGAAGACGCGUGCGGAGAAACACAAGGACUACUACGUCAUCAACGGGUCCAAGAUGUGGAUCAGCAAUGCAGAGCACGCCGGAGUGUUCCUGGUGAUGGCCAACGUGGACCCAGCAGCGGGCUACAGGGGCAUCACGUGCUUCAUGGUGGACCGCGACACGGAGGGGAUGGAGAUCGGCAAGAAGGAGAACAAGCUGGGCCUCCGCGCCUCCUCCACCUGUCCUCUCAACUUCGACAACGUCAAGGUGCCAGAGAAAAACAUCCUGGGCCAGGUGGGUCACGGUUAUAAGUACGCCAUCGGGAUGCUGAAUGAAGGCCGUAUUGGGAUUGCUGCUCAGAUGCUGGGUGUGGCCCAGGGUUGUUUCGACCACACCAUCCCGUACACCCGUCAGAGGAUCCAGUUUGGGCAGCGGAUCUUUGACUUCCAGGGGCUGCAGCACCAAAUAUCCCACGUUGCGACACAGAUCGAAGCGGCCAGGCUACUGACCUACAAUGCGGCCCGCCUCAAAGAGGCGGGGAGGCCCUUCAUCAAGGAGGCCUGCAUGGCCAAAUACUUCACCUCCGAGGUGGCCACUCUGACCACGUCGAAAUGCAUAGAAUGGAUGGGUGGGGUUGGUUUCACGAAGGACUACCCCAUCGAGAAGUACUACAGAGACUGUAAAAUAGGUACCAUUUAUGAAGGCACAACCAACAUCCAGCUGUCCACCAUGGCUAAAUACAUCGACAAGGAGUAUGACCACUGAAGGGCUCCAUCUGGACACUGAGAGCCACACACUCCACCACCUCUACCCUCCAGAACUCGGACUCACAGUCAAGAUUAUUCUGAAUGAAUUCUGCUGGAGGCCUCGUCCGGUCUUCUGUAUUCAAAUGAGUUAACGAAAUGGGACUAGCUAUCCAUGCCACAGGUGAGGUAAAAGGCAUGUGAAACACACAUACAAACUGUAUGUGUGUUUCACAUGCCUUUUACCCUACCAGUUGUCACUUUGUGUUCAGUUUGGUUUGUUAUUUGUCUUUAGCACAGAUUGUGCUACAGAUUUGCUAUGAGGUCACCAAAUUAUCAAUACUGAUGUCAAUGAUACAGACAUCCUCUGUUCCAGCUGUUGAUGUAUAUUAGUCGGGCUAUGAUUGGAUACGAACAGUGCCUUCACAAUAUCUACUUCACUCCAAAGCCUUUGUAGUUUUAACUCUAAUCGUUGAGUGUGUUUGACGUGUGUAAUAGUUAGCUCUUCUGAAAGUUCCGCGAUAUUUCAUCUAUGUAGUUUAACCUUUUGAGUGGAUUAUAAAUAGUGUACAGUACUUGGUUGUAAACAUUUAAGGAAGGAUUCAACAUAAUGGUUAAAUGGUUUAUCUGUAAGCUAUAGGAAACGAAUAUUAACAAAUCAUGUUGAUAUUUUAAUAAAUGUUCAUGACAAGCA